AGCCGGGCGGGCGGGAUGCGGCGAGCCGAGCUCCGGGACGAGGGGGAAGCGGCGGCGGCGGCCUCGUACCGGGUGCUCAGCCGCCUGCUGGGCUAUGGGGCCGGGCCGCAGCCGGGCGGCGGCAAGGGCCCCGCUGAGGAGGGCGGCGCGGCCGGGGGGCCGCCGCCGCUGAGGGGCUCCCGCCCGCCGCCGCAGCUCAUGGUGUUCCGCAACGUGGGGCGGCCGGGCGAAGCGGGCGGCGGCGGCGGCGGGCCCGGCCCCUCGGAGCUGCUCUGCCCGCGGCACCGCUGCGCCCUGGAGCCCUCGGGGGAGCCGGGCUGGGGGGCGCUGCCGCCGGCCGGGCUGGAGCUGCAGCUGGCGGCGCUGGAGCUGCAGCGCGGGAAGGCGCCCGGCGGCGGCGGCGGCUGCCCCUGCCUCCGCCUGCUGCCCGCGCCGGGCGGCCCGGCCGCCGAGGAGACCAGCGACGCGCUGCUGGUGCUGGAGGCGCUGGAGCCCGACGAGGCCGAGAGCGGCGCCGAGGAGGGGCCGGGCAGCCCGGGCCGGGCCGUGGGCGGGAGGCCGGGGGGCCGGGCCCAGCCGCCGGCCGCCGCCGCGGCCCUCGGCGCUCGGAAGGGCUCGCUCAAAAUCCGCCUCAGCCGCUUCUUCCGCACCAAGAGCUGCAGCGGCGCCUCGGCCGGGGGGGAGCCCGCCGCCGCCGCCGGCAGGAGGCGCUCCGGGGAGCUGCCCGCCUCGGCCGGGAGCCUGACCGACGUGUCCAGCCCCCGGGGCCGGGAGCGGGACGCGGGCAGUAGGAAACCCCGAUUGACAAGAACUCAAAGUGCCUUUUCUCCGGUUGCUUUCAGCCCCCUCUUCACAGGUGAAACUGUGUCACUAGUGGAUGUGGACAUCUCCCAGCGAGGACUGACCUCGCCUCACCCUCCGACUCCUCCACCUCCACCACGGAGAAGCCUCAGCCUGCUAGAUGAUAUCAGUGGGACGCUGCCUACAUCUGUUCUAGUGGGUCCGAUGGGGUCUUCCCUGCAGUCUUUCCCUCUGCCUCCGCCUCCUCCACCCCAUGCCCCAGAUGCGUUUCCCCGGAUCGUCCCGUUCAGACCGACAGAGGCAGUGAACAGCCAGACCACCCAGCAUCUUCAGUGUCCUCUCUACCGACCAGACGCAAGCAGCUUUGCAGCUAGCUUGCGAGAACUGGAAAAGUGUGGUUGGUACUGGGGACCAAUGAACUGGGAAGAUGCGGAAAUGAAGCUGAAGGGGAAACCAGAUGGAUCCUUCCUGGUACGAGACAGCUCCGACCCUCGUUACAUCCUGAGCUUAAGCUUUCGAUCACAGGGUAUCACCCAUCACACCAGAAUGGAGCACUACAGAGGAACCUUCAGUCUGUGGUGUCACCCCAAGUUUGAGGAUCGCUGCCAGUCUGUGGUGGAGUUUAUAAAGAGAGCAAUCAUGCACUCAAAAAAUGGGAAGUUCCUUUACUUCCUGCGAUCCAGGGUUCCAGGUCUCCCUCCAACACCUGUCCAGCUCCUGUAUCCUGUCUCCAGGUUCAGCAACGUCAAAUCCCUCCAGCACCUUUGCCGCUUCCGGAUCAGGCAACUUGUCCGCAUAGACCACAUUCCAGAGCUCCCACUGCCCAAGCCUUUGAUCUCCUACAUCCGGAAGUUCUAUUACUACGACCCCCAAGAGGAGGUGUAUCUGUCGCUGAAGGAAGCUCAGCUGAUUUCAAAACAGAAGCAGGAGACUGAAUCCUUGACGUAGCGAGGCUGCCUCGCCCAUCUUGUCACUGUCACAGACGGAAUUUGCUUGCUGAGAUCCUGUAGCAAAGAGCCUAAGCAAAGCUACAGCAGAAAGGAGGCCCGAGAAGGGGGAAGCCUUCCUCUGCAGUAGUGACUUCUGCUUGCAAGCUCUUUUGUCCUCUGAAGAGGAUUCAGGACCCCCAAGAAGCACAGCAGAAUGGAAAUGAGAGCUCUGGCUCCUGGUUUGGGGAUGGAGCCUUUGACAGCAAGUGGACUGGAUCCCAGACUCCUCGCAGAAAGGAGAAUGUCAUGGCACUAUUUCUGAUUUACGUUUUUAUUUUUGGUGUUUCCGUUCCUCAGCAUGGGAAAUACUGUCUUUAAGAGCAGCUGGAUUUUGUAACACCGCAGAUUCGAGGGUGUGGGAAGAGAGGGAUCUCGCAGCAAGAGUAUCCAAUCCAGCCAUCCUGGUGAAACUGCUCUUUGGCUACCAUCCAUGUGGCUGUGGCCAAAGAGCUCUUGGGAAGCAAACUGAGCCAGAUUCGUGUGCAGCUAUGUAGAAUAAUUGAGGGGGGGGAUCAGCACUCAAACAGUGUGCAGCUGCGUAGAUCCUGUGCUUUCUAGGAGACUGGGCAAGAGCCAAACCUAUCCUCGUGUAGCCGAGAUUUCCUACUGGAUUGCAGAGUGGUCCUGUGCGCUUUCACAUCCUACCCAAGGAGAGGAACAGAGCGUUCCCCAUUCAAAUGUUCUGAAGCCUUCUGCCAGUGGAAUAGCUUGUAGUAUUGCAGGGCAAGAGGCUAUCAGCCACCCAGCAAAGGCCAGAAGAUCUAGCCCAAGAGUUUUUCACGCUAAAGUCCUUUACAGUUCCUCCUGUGAUAGCUGUGGAAUCUGGCAAAGCUGUUGUCUAAAUUCCAGCAAUCCAUGAGUCAAGGGCAUUCCUGCCUCACUGAAGCAAUCUCAGCACUGCAGAGCCAUGGGGAGUUUUGUUAUGGCCUUUGUGCUGGCUAUUCCCAAAAGCUGCGAAUGAAGAGGCUUUUUAAUCAAAGAAGCAGUGUCGAAUCCUGACAACUAAUUGCUAAGGCUGUUGUGGGACAUCUCUGAGACUCAACAGACAGGAACACAUUUUUCACCCUGAUCCUAGUUUAGGUGGGAUGAUUCAGGAGAGAAGGAUGAUCCCAACAUAAUUGGAGACCGCGUCCUGAUCUUCCUGUGAGGGUGAUGCUCUGUAUUUCUAGCCUUUCUGGUGAUGAACUAGAAUGUGAUGAUCUGGGAGUAUUGCAGCACAGAACAAUCCCUGAAGAUGGGGCCAGUAACAGGAGAGCUAAAACAGUGUUGCUUCUACUGCAUUUGCCAUGUGUCUCCUAAAUUUUCCAUGGCUUACUGGGUUUGGCACUAGUAAUAGCUCUCUCAUCUCAAGGAGUCUGGUCUGCUGCUGCCUUUACAGCUGCUGAGAAGUUGUUUUCAUGGCAAAAUGUAGUGUCUGCCCUUUGGGGAUGAGACCUUUCUAAGGAGGGAAGAAUCGCGUCCUGUAUAUUUAAACUAAAAAUUCCUCUCAACAUGACGGCUGCACACCUCCCCUCCCAGCAGCCUGGUGAUCUGGAAGUUGUGAUGUUUGUGUCUGGCACUCGGGUUGUGGUCGUCUUACCUGGCAGUCCUUUAGCUGAGUUCUGAGUGUCCCUUAUGUUGGAUGUAUCAGUUCGUGAGCCUUUAGGAUUUGCACCAUUCCUUAAGGAAUGAUGUACGUAUUGAGGUUAGAGAGAGUAACAUGAAAUCUGCCUGGCUCUCUGUAAAGAGCUCCUAUAGAGGAGGCUGGAGGCCAGGGCUCUUCCUUUCCUGUGUAAAUGAGCACAGCUUAACUUCCGGAUGAAACCACAACAAAGCUUAAGCAGUCUCUAGAAAUACCUCGUCUGAAAACAUUUGCUACUGAAUCUGCAUCCCGUUGGUGGUUACCUAUUUGGGCAGGGGGUAGCAGAGAGGGAGGAAUACCCUCUGAGACUGGUCAUUUACAGUAUGUCUGCACUGCCCCCCCAAAAAACCAACCCAUGACUGCAAGUCUUGGAGCCUGGGUCAGGCUCCUGGGGGCUGAAAAAGCAGUGUAGAUGUUCCUUCUUUGUGCUGCAGUUCAGGCCCUGAGACCCACCUCCCUGGCCAGGUUUCAGAGCCCAAGUGGGAACGUCUAUGCUGCUAUUUUUAGCCUGUUGAUCUGGGCUCUGAGACUUGCUACUUUGGGUUACUGCAAUGUAGACAAAGCUGUAGCAUGUCUUGUUCCCUUGUGAAAUCUGGCUUCUUUAGGUCCAUAGCACAACAUGACCCACCAGCGAGGCCUCCAGAAGCUUAAUCUCUCUCAUGAAUCCUACGUUCUCCCUCUUUCUCCCCCGCCAGCUGGAGAUUUGCAGUUCACAUAUAGUCAUGGGCAUGGUUAAGAUUAAGGCGCACACAGCAAGUUGGGACGAAUGCUCAACAGCUCCCCAUCCGCGCCGCUUGGAUGCACAAGACUGAUUGCAUCUUCCUUUACAGUGGGAGGUGGCCUGGAUGUGACCGCGAUCCCUAGAUGUGUAGUCCCUCCAGCUUUGAUACACCUCAUCCUAGCCACGGAUUGAGAAUCCAACUGUUCAACCUCCAGCAAAUUCAUACACUGGAAAAACAUCUGCUUCCCCAGAGGGACUGCAAAGGAGGAUCUGACACCUCCAAAAUGUCUGAACGUUUAUGUGCAGCUGCAGACAGACAGCUCUUUAACCUUCCCGCUAAUUGGACAGCUCUGCGAGGCACUGGAUUGGGAGAGCAAUGCGGAGUGCGAAGGCGCUGGCUGUUGGAUUCGGAUGGUUCCUUGUUUUCCGCCAGCCGCGGGGGACAACUGCAAUCAACAUGGGUCUGGGAGUCUUGCGGGUCUGCUCGCAAAGAGUCAGGGGAGGACCUCCCCCCCCCCGCCCUACUAAAUUUGGAAGAUGUCUGUGCUGUUUCCCACAUACCUCCCACCCAGUUCUUUCUGGAGCUGAUAAAGAUUCAGGCUGUCAAAUUGAUGCUGGAUUUGGGGAAGCAAGAUGGAGACUUAAAUAGCCAGGCUGGAAAAAGAAGAGGAAAUGCAUUUGGAAGGGCCAAACACUGAAAUAACCCAUAGAGUGAGCUACUAUCCCUAAAUGGGAUUGUCUGGGCAGGGAAUUUUUUUUGGAGGGGGCGGGAUAAAAACGCACAAAUCUACACCCCAGCAUUGGCUGGUUUAAAGAGAAAUGCUGAUCUCCGCUAUUCUGACCUCUUCAUUUUCUGGCAUGUUUUAAUUCUCCACGUCCCUCUCCUUUUGUAAGCCCUGUGCAACUACUGAGGACUUGUUCCUGCUGAGCCAUUGAGUCCUAGGGCAGGUCAUGUACAUAAAACAUCAGGAGCAGUCCAAGAAGCAACGUAACUUUUUGUAAUGCUGUUGCGUCUGUAUUUGGUCUGCUGUGAGCAUCCUUGAAAAGGAAUUUCCCCCACGGGCUGUUUGGCAAUUUCUGCUGGUACUUGAAACUUGAACGCUGCAGUGGGUGAGCGUUCUAGCCGGAUGGUGGUUGGCUAACAAGGGCUGUGGCCUGCAUCCUUGAGCUGCUGGUCAGAGUUACUUUAUUUUCUCUGCCUGGUGCCAGGGAUUCCUUGGUAUGGAAUGGAAUGCUGUCUGCUACUGAGCAUAGGAGGUGUUAGUGGAAGCCUCAGUCUUACCAACAGGUAUCCCUAAAGCACCUUGCAAGAGUCAGAAGCUUAUCACAAUUUUACUAGCCUGUACUUUUUCCAUGGAGAAACGAACAAGGCUUUACCUGUCAGCAAAUUUCUCUGGGCAAGUAUAAUUUGUAAGGCUCAGCUUUAGUUGCCUUCAACAAUAGGAAACUCCACCAAACUGUUACCACGGGCUUGCAGGGUUCUGCAUGCUAUAUCUUUAACUGGGCUAAUCUGGAGCAUGUCUCAUUUCUUACGCAAGAUCAUUUUAGUGUUCUGUGUUGAAUGGAGGCAGGCAUAGAAGCAAUGCACUGUGUAAGGGUGACAGGGUGCUACACAUGUGCCCUGUAAAUUUACCCCACCUCCACAUUUCUGUGGCAUACCCAAGCGAAGGGAGGCACACGUACUGCAUAACCAUUCUGCUGCCUCUUUAGUAUCUCUUAGAUAACAUUCUCUACACUCUUGCAGUAAAUAACUCUCUUGAAAUCCAUGUUUAAAAGAAGUUCAUAUUGAAAGCACCUCUUAUCACUUCACGACUAGGUUUCUGAGCUGGUAGCUCUUCCUGCUGGAGUGAUGGGAACUUCAUAGACUCUAGCAGCAAGUAUAAACGUUUUUACUGCUCCAAUUCAGAGGCUAUCAAAGUCUGAGGGGAAUGGACAGAGACUUCUCCUCUCCAAAUGGGCACUGUUCUUCCUUACUGGAUGUAGCAGGCCUAUGGAUGGAGAUCUUAUAGGUGACCUGUUCCUAGUUCCCUUUUUGUCAGUGAUCCCUGACCUCAUGUAGGGAGGAACAUUUCACAUUUUUAUGGGAAUUUUUUGUUGUAGGUUAGUGGGCUUAUCUAGAUUUAAAGGGACACUAUCAACUUGAUUCUCUUAAAGUUACUUGGAGUGUCCUUUAGUGUCCUGAUCUCUGAUUCCUUUAAGAAAAAGUAAAUUUGAUAAGUUUAUAAAUAGGAUUAUAUGAUGGGUUUGCCUGUGAUAGCAGGGGACUGGAUGAGAUGUCCCAAGGAGGUCCCUUAGAGUUCUGUAACCAUGGGGGUUUUUCUGCUGCAGAUUAUUGGGGCCCUAUUUAGUAAGGGAGAAUUUGACUAUUGAUGGGAUGAGGGAGAUGGAUAGUGAAACUGACUAAUAUUAAAAGUGCUGUCAAAUGUACAAAUUAAAGUUGAAAGAAAUCUCUUCCAUGGUCUUUUCAAGGAUGCUGAUCUUCGAUGUAACUACAGCUGGUACAAAAUUUCUUAGUUAAACGUAUUCAAGUUGACAAGGUGCCUUUAAAGGCAGCUAGCUCAAACAUCAAAUUUGUCCAGUUGCAUACAUCACCAUCUUUCUUUUCACGGCAGUAUUGUCUAUAGCUAGUGAGAUGACUUGACUUGCUCCUGGGGAGUAAACUUUCUUUUAAUAAAAA